CUUUACAGGUUUUCCUCAAAUCGAAUGCUUUCGUGUUGUUGACCAUCUGUUUUAUUCUAUUUGAUUCUGGUAGUAUGCUGCAUGAGCUACCAGCUGUAAUUUCGAAGGCGAAAGAUUACAAAUUAACGUUAUCGAUUCGUUAGCAUAUCUGUACUUCAACUGAAGACAUUUUACUUGUCAAAAUGACUGCCGUCAAUAGUGCGUUAAACGGGAAUCCGUUCGGAGCUCCUGGUUCCAUCAAUGACCCGUCAAAACAAGCACAACUUUAUCACUACCUCGAGGCUUUGAAAACGGACGAGAAUGGAUGGCGCAAGUCAACGGACAACAUCGUUGCAAACAAUCUGAGCACUGAUGAAGAGCAUUUUUUGCUUUUGCAAGUUGUCGAAGACUAUCUAUCCCGACGAUAUGCUCAAGCUGAUGCUGAUAGUGUCAUGUGCAUCCGCAAGCUACUCUCGCACUGGAUUCAGAAGCUCUCCACCCAUCCAGAACAGCCGGUUUUCCUAGUAAAUAAAAUGGCACAUAUCUUUUCGUUAGUCUUUGCCGCAGAUUUCCCUGAUAGGUGGCCAAAUUUUAUGGAUGAAAUAUUUCUUUCUCGUGGACUAGAUAAUGUUCCAAUAGUAGUGUUUUAUCUGAAGACACUUCUGGCAAUCGACUCAGAAGUAGUGGAUAGAGAUAUCCAGAGGACAAAGACCGUCUUCGACCGUAACACUAAGAUCAAAGAUUUUAUGCGUGAUAUUUGUAUUCCGCAAAUCGUGCAGAGUUGGUGGACCAUUUUGGAACGCUGCUCAGAUGUGACUGCUCAGUGCCUCUGCCUUGAUGCGGUUGCCGCAUUUGUCGACUGGAUUGACGUUGAACUGGUAGCCAACGAUGUCUUUGUUCCGCUCGUCAUUGCUCGAUUAGGAAAUAAAGACACAUCAGAGGCUGCUGUAAGAGCUGUCUCAGCGUUGAUUCAAAAAGGCAUGCCAGCGUCGAAAAAACUUUCACUUGUAACAGCCCUCAUGGAGGUGAUGCGGAGUAACCAUCUUAUUUCUGUCAACCCGAACAGCGACUACGAAGAUGUUUUACGAGCUGGAUCGCUACUGAGUGCUGUUGGAAGUGUUCUUAUCGAGACCUAUCACAAGUUCAAAGCCGAGGAUGCUGAAGAAGAUGCUCAAAGAUGUGUCGAAACUGUCGAGUCUGAUAUGGAUUCGCUUUUGCUGGUCCUUGAUAACGAAGAUCCUGAAUUGAGCGAGCUUGUCAUCUAUACGUUACGUUCAUACGUGGCUCUGUUCAAGGAGAAGUGCAUGGAAGAGAAAGCAACCACAGUUCUAUCAAGGAUUGUCUCGGUAUGUUUACGACGGUUUGUAAUCAGUGAAGAACUUGAUGUGGAUGGUUUGGGCGAAGAUGAGAUUGAAUUUGCUGAUUAUCGAAAAGAACUUCGCGGAAUACUAAACACCAUAGGGAACAUGAGAGUCGAUUUGAUUGUGGCACCAAUGGAAGCAUUGGUGGCUGAGGUUGCAGCUAGUGGUGGCGGAACAGCUAUGCCAAUUGCAAGAUUGGAAGCGAUUGUACAGCUUGUGCAUGGAUUGGUGGAGAUAAUCCCGGCCAACUUUGUGAACGUGAAAGAGGGAUGGAUGGGUCGUGCAGCUCAGUUACCGGUCAACCUUUUGACUUCCAUGCAACUUGACGGACGUUCUUCGUCUGUGCAUGUUUUGUAUUUUGAGAUCGCAUGUAGGUAUGAACGGUUGUUAGCUGCUCGCCCGCAACCGGUAAUACCUCAAGUAGCUGCAGCAUUCCUUGACGAAAGAGGUAUCGCAUUCCGUGUUGCUCGCGUACGUACUCGCAUCGUCUAUCUGUUCUGUCGGUUCGUUAAGGCACACAAAACCGUGCUAAGCCCUCUAGUGUCCGAAGUCAUCACGCGUCUAGCUCCUUUGCUAGCUAUGUCGCCACAAUCCGAUCAAAUGUUGACGGCAGACGAUCAAGCGUUUAUCUUCGAAGCAACCGGGACACUCAUCGUAUUCGGCGAACUGGGAGUAGAACAAAAGGCGCUGUACAUCGGGGAAUUGGCCAGCAAGCUCGGGGAGCGCUUUUUGACAGCCGUUACGGAAUUGGAAGCAGCGAAAACGGCUAAUGAUGCGGCGAAAAUACAGAUAAUCCAGCAAUACAUGACUAAUAUUGUUGGAUACUGCAGUCGCCUUUCGAAAGCCUUCAACAAUGCGAAUUCCAUGCAAUCCUGCAGAUGUGUAGACGUUUACAUGCGGUUACUCAAUCUGUUCUUGGGCCAUUUAACGGCGGAAAAUUCGUUUUUGUUGGAGUCUGUUCGGCAGCUUGCACACAGGCUCGUGGUCUGUUUGGAUUCUGAACUGAUUCCUAUUUUGCCAACACUGAUGUCACAUUUGGCUGCGGUUUCCACCGAUUUGGACAGCAUGAAUCAUCUUCUGAUCCUCAGCCAUCAGAUCGUUGCGAAGUUCAAGAAAGAUUGCUUGCAAUCUGGUGUAGAUUUUGGUGCUAUUCUUGCGUCGGCAGCUAGACUUUCCAUAGAAACCGAACCUACGCCAGCAUUACGCGCUCAAGAUGAGGCUGUCUACCGUAAUCUGAUCUACGUCCGGCGAGCAUUCUUACAGCUAUUCUAUACAUCAGCAACAUCUGACAUGUUAUCGGAAAUUGCAGCAGGACCCUUGUUUGAUGAUCUCCAACAAGCAGCCACACAGUUGGCUCUCAGCAGCGACCAGUCUUGUCAGAAGCUUGCACUUGCCACACUUAGCCGAACAUCAUCUGUUAACACGCAGUGGUGGCAGAGAACAUUGCGAACUGCGCUGGAGGUUCCCUCGCUAUCGCACAUAAGUUCAUCGGAUGCUGGGAGCUCAGUGGUGGUGCAUGAAGUUGCUUCGACACUGCUUGCUCUUCGUCAAGCCCAUCCCGAGCAGUUCGCCGUAGAUGUGCAAUCUUUGAUGCCUGGCGAGUUGGGCCUAGAAUUGCUAUCCAUUUUAGAAAAUUACAAAUCUCGAGCGUUGGAUAAGCAAUUGCUAACCAUGUAUGACAAGAUUAGGGUAGCACAACAGCAACAAUCUUAGCACACCGUGAUGGGGUUCUAGUACUCAUGACUGUUACCAUCUUCUCUUAUCAUGUACAAUGCUAUCUUUGUGGCCUUCUGCUAUCAAAUCUUGGAGAUUGUGAUUUUGAAAAGUUCCGCUGAUUUAUCUGGAUUGAUCAUAAAUACGGUCUGCAUUUGAAUUAUGGGAUCGGUUCUUUUUUGCUCAAAUGCGCU